AUGGCAUCCGAAAUCGACCCUGUAGCGGGGGUUUCACCUUCGAGGGACUUAGACAACACGUCCGAUACCACCGACGAUGACCUCUCCCCUUCCGUGACCACUCCCCCCGCGUCAGUGCCCUCUUUACGCCCGACCGAUAAAAUUCCCGGCAUUACCGCAUCGUCAACACACCUGGGCCAAAUUAGUGCGGCUCGAAGAGGUGCGGGAACACCUCAGCGUCCGCAGGCCUCCAUGAGUGGUGCGUCUCAAGGGGGCUUAAACCAGGAUAUUUUGGCGAAAAUGAAGGCUUUCUCUCUUUCUCGACAAGGCGCACCCCCAACCCUGCCCCAUGCGGCUUCGACCGGAACCGUACCCAAAACUCCCCGCCCAGGUGUGUCCCCAGCCGGUUUGUCGAGCCCAGGGGGACAGUCUCCCCCAGUUGUUAAUGGUCCUUUGGCGGGAGCUCUCGCCGGUCGACUUCCCCCGGUUGCUCGCCCGAAUACCAAAAACUGGAUAUCGUCUCCAUCGAUACCCGGCGCAUCACCAAGUCCUAAUACCGCGAAGCCGGGUGGUCUUGCUGCGAAACGGAUGAAGCCUGGGCUCAAGCUAUCCGAUGCCACCGGCACCAAUGGCACUGCUGGAACUCAGUCUCCUGCCAAUGGGACUGAAGGAACCGGUGAGACUGCGUUUAGUAAAUAUUCCGAGUUCAUUGACACUAAAUCGGGGACGCUGAACUUCAAAAACAAAGCAAUUCUGCAUGGCGGCGGAAUUGAGUUCUCAUCUGGGCACAAGUUCAGCAUUUCGCUGGACGAAGUUGAUCGUCUUGAUGAAUUGGGAAAGGGCAACUAUGGAACAGUAUACAAGGUUCGACAUAGUCGGCCGCAUAUGCGAAAACCCGGUAUGGGUUUGAGAGGGAUUGUCAGUCGUCCGACAGGGCCCGAAGCGUCUGCAUCCGACGGGGUCAAGGAUAAUCUUACUGGAGUCAUCAUGGCAAUGAAAGAGAUCCGCUUGGAGCUGGAUGAAACCAAGUUUGCUCAAAUUAUCAUGGAGUUGGAAAUUCUUCAUCGUUGUGUCUCGCCCUUCAUCAUCGAUUUCUACGGCGCCUUCUUCCAGGAGGGAGCAGUCUACAUCUGUGUUGAGUAUAUGGACGGUGGGUCGAUUGACAAGAUCUACAAGGAUGGCGUCCCGGAGAAUAUUCUCCGUAAAAUAGCCUUAUCUACUGUCAUGGGACUGAAAACACUCAAAGACGAUCACAACAUCAUUCAUCGCGACGUUAAACCCACGAAUAUUCUCAUCAACUCGCGAGGGCAGAUCAAGAUAUGUGAUUUUGGAGUCAGUGGAAAUCUCGUUGCCAGUAUUGCCAAGACAAACAUUGGCUGUCAGAGCUAUAUGGCUCCAGAGCGAAUCGCUGGCGGUGGUGUCCAGCAAUCCGGAACAAGCGGUGGCGGGACCUAUAGUGUUCAAAGUGACAUCUGGAGUUUAGGAUUGACCAUCAUUGAAUGUGCCAUUGGCCGAUAUCCAUACCCCCCUGAGACCUUUAACAAUAUCUUCAGUCAACUGCACGCUAUUGUUCACGGGGAACCGCCAACACUUCCGGACUCCGGAUAUUCUGACGAAGCGCAUUCCUUUGUCCGUGCUUGUCUAGACAAAAAUCCCAAGAAUCGUCCUUCGUACAGUAUGUUACUCCGACACCCCUGGAUUGCGCCCCUUAUGCGCCCACCAGAGGAGUCGAAUGGUGAUGAUACGGCUGGAGUUACCCAUUCCUCUGUCACUGAAGAUAAGGAGGUCGCGGACUGGGUUAAAGAGAUGUUGGAGCGUCGCAAAAAUGGCCUCCUGAAUGAUUCCAAUAAGCCAGCACUACAUACGGUCGCCUUGGAUGCUGUUCCGGGCAGUCCUCUUCUUGAUGAUCCUUCAUCAAUUUCCGUACAGCCUUGA